AUGACACCCGCACCAAAUCAGAACACUCAGACCACAUGCAACGAUCGCAGUCUUCAGGUACUUUUCCCAUUUCUUGUGACAUCAUCAGGAGAACGAGUUGAGAGCGUUGCGAGCGGCGAGGAAAUUGUGCACGGCUGUGUGAAGCAAUUAGCCUCUUGAUCGCCCCCAUCAAAACAUCUUAGGAAAUGGGGGAAGGUCAAGAAGCAAUUGUGUGUUUUGAGCACUAGUAAUUUCCCGAUUUCUGUUUCCAACUACGCGAACCAAAAGCAAAACUUGAAUUUGUGCGUCGCAGCUGCCACGCGUGCUCAAUUCAACGUGAGGCGUGCUGUUUUUUAUGCCAAAUCGACAAUUUGUGCGGAAAGGGGAGCAUAAAAAGUGUGUUGUUUGGCAAAUGUUUGUUUGUAUUUGCCUCGAGCACAACGGGGCAAGUGUGCGUAGAUGUUUGUAUGUAAUUGUGCUGCUUUGAAUGCAAUGGCAGGCCUCCACGAAGCAUCCCUCGGCCCGUUUUCGAAAGUAAAUAAAUGCCUCUGCCGCAAAGGAUAACACUCGAAAAAACCACUCCUAACUACCAGCAAGCCGAAAUGUUCGCCGGAAAGCAGAGAGCGGAUCGUUCCAAAGAUCUGUGCUGGUCGGUCGGGCAUCCGUCGAAGGGGGAAGAAGGCGUGAGAGAAGUCUGCCGAGGAGGGCACACACGCCAGUUUCACUCCCACAUUCAUCAGAUGAGAGAGAAAGAAAUGAAGGAAAACAUCGUCGUUUCCGGAAAUAAACCGAUAUAGCGAGAGCUUGUGUAGUAAAAACUAAGAUCAUAGAGAUGGGGAUGAUGUAAUCAAAGUCCCACUAAGUUCCAUUUGCGGCACGAGAAAAAUGAAUGAAAUUAUUUUGUGUAGCUUCAGUUCUCCGAAUCCAAUUCACUUCCUCUGGAUGUCAAAACCAGAAUUUCCUCCCUGAAAAUGAAAACAAACCCCUGUUUCGGAAACUCUGUGUUGGUGGCAGAACGACAUGACAAACACAAUUGCGCAGGAAACUUUGGGUCCUUCUCAGAAAAUAUAGUGUUUUAACAACGAAAGUUUAUUUAUAGUUGGGUUGCGCAACCUCAUUGUUUUGGCAAACAGACAGUCAGUUACUGUCAAUGCGGCGGGGGAGGCAAACGGUUACCUAUAUGAUUCGUCUCGAAAAGAAUACAAACACUUCAGAAGUUGUUGUAGUAUGUACGCUUCGCCCUUCGAUCGCUUCAUGCGUUCUUCAACUUGUUUCCGUUUGCCAACCGUCAACUGUUCCUCGUUAACUAUGCGGGGUUUCAAACAGUUUUUCUCUGUGUAACUUUUUCUGACGACUCCUACCGCUUGUUUCCGCUUGUUUUUCAAACACAAUUGUAGGUGUUUUAAAAACGACCAUAUCAUGGGAGAACUAUCUCUCCCUCUUACAAAGGAUUAACUAGAAUUUUGGCCGCGUGACAGUCUCUUUUGUUUUUCCCCCCAUUUUUGUUCAACUACUCGCUUCUGAAGGUUCAAUACACUGGCUGGCAUGAUCUUGUACUUUUCCGAUUUAGAACUUUUGAUAAGAAACUUUCCUUUUGAACUCAAACAUCUGUCUUUCGAUCUGUCUCAGUUGGAACCCAACCCAAGAAUGGUUCCACCAGGCGUUGCAUUCAAUCUACCCAUCUGUAUCGCAAAUGUUCAACUCGAAAAUCCAGAAAUUUUGCAUAAAUUGGAAGAGGUGUUGCUUGUCCGGUGGCCGUACUAUUAUCAUCAACCUGUCCGAAUCAGUGACGCAUAUCCAAUGAUGUUUGCCAAUACACAUAUCCGUUUGCGUGGUCGUUUUUCUUCUUUUCCACGUAGCGCGGCGGUAGACGGCGGGCGGCGCCUAAGUACACGCAACACCUGAGCGACGGAUGAGGGCACACAGUUUCCGUCGUCCGCGUGGAAGUGCGCGCGCGCGGAAGGCAGGGCGCCGCGCCUCGCGAAAGCGACCGUGUGGAAAGAAGGAGUGAGUGAGUGCCCCCGAAAAAACCGGGUUCUGUGUUUCGAAAUGUUUAUUAUUUUUUUCAAGAAAACUGGUCGUCCCAUCUGUCGCGCACUCUGCAGCUACCUCAUGUAUUUGCCGCCUCCCCCUCCUCCCGGCGCCUCCCGCGCGGCGGCGCCUAGGCAAAAGUACGCGCCUUGCAACAUUCCGAUCCGAUCACGUCUGUGCCGUGAGCAUCGCUUGCUUUGCCUUGUUUUGCCCGCUUCUCUCCACUUAAAAAAUAGUCCGUCCUCAGUCAUCAUUUCUUCUUUUGCUAGCUCUUAUUCUUGUCAUUACCUGCUGAGCUCCGUUUUGCGACAGAGUUGGCGCCUCAAAGGUUUGCACGUCAAAGCAGCCAAACACUGUUAUCUGUUUUCACCACUCCGUAUUAUUCUCUGCCUAGUUUCUGCUUCACGCACCAUUUUUUCUGCAAAGAGGUAAUAACGCAACAUUUUUGUGUCGCGAUAAUCAUCGUCCGAUUAAAAUUUCCGCACUGAUUAGGAUUGCACUUUGUUUUUUGCUUGUUUUCUCCGGGAAAAAAGUGAGACCGAUCAAUCAGUCAUCAAGAGUUAUGAACUGACUUUGAGUACGGCGAUGCAAACACAGACAUCACUUCACAGCCGUUUUUUCAGACCCUCCCACUCCUGCAGACUGACAAUGGCACGGAUCUAGUGUUUGUUUUGUCGCAAUAUUUGCCAGAUCGCACUGAUUCACUUGACGCACGCACUCCCCCCACUUUGACGUGGAUUUGCCCAUUUUUAAAGGGAAACAAAAAAGAAACAUAACUUUUUUCUCGCCGCUCGAUCAGUUUUCGUAAUGAAAAGUACAAAGUGAUGUCAUAGUAGUGUUCCCGUCGACCCCUUCCGUUUCCUCAGCUUCUUACUGUACUCGACCAGCUGCAAGCCAGGAGACAGACAUACGACCUUUCGGUGCCAGUCACACUCUUUCCGAGUGUGUCUCAGACUCUAAUUUUUCCUUCCAAUGUUAGCAUUUUGAAGAAAAUAUCUGCUAAUCUACAUAAUCCCGUUAAUCAAAUCCUAGUAGGAGGAGCACUUACUAGAAUAGCAGUUCUUGGGACAAGUCCAAUUUGCUUCCUGUAGAUCAUAGAUGUCUUCUCCGUCCAGUCUAAUUACUCAAUUUUCGUUUUUCCGCCACUCGAUUGGCGUGUUCUAAGUCUCUUCCACCUAUACGCUCUUCCGCGUUCAGUGAACACUGACGGAGAGAGAAAUUGAAGGAUGUAGAAAGAAGAUGAAAGUUGUUUUCCUUGAGGACUUGAGAUAAACAACAUCCUCUAGAACAACAAGAUAUCAUCGGAAAAAGAAAACGUGGAGGCCCUUCUCCCGCCCGGGGAUCAUGAGAAACAACCGAACAGCCGCCCGGAAAAGAGCUCCGACGUUUCCCAAUUGCAUCCUUGUGCGUAAUUAGUUUUCCGAACGGAAACUUGACCCUUCAAGUUUCCUGAAUUUUUUAGACAACUAAAACCCCUUUUUUGAGUUUCGGACCCUCCUGCUUUUUCCAAUUUCUCCUAUCCCUCAUGGCUAAAUUGUCAAAAAACAUGGCCAUCAAAAAAGAUGGCAACAAAUUUCGCUCCUCCCGUCCGUCUUUCACCAUUUUUUUUGAAAACUUUUUUGUUCAUCCAUUCUCUGUUUUGCGACUCAUGCGCGAAAUGGGCGUGGCCGCCGCGUCCAUCAGGAGCACAACAAUUCGCCUUCGACUCUUUUUUCCGCAUAUGUGUUGUUCUCAUUGUUAUUUUUGCUCAGAACUUCUACUACACUUUUUUCUCAUUCUUUUCCCUUUCCGCCACACUUUGAUGGACUGAAUAUUCAUAUGAAAAGGAGGAAGAAGACCGCAGGAGGAGGACCCUACCCCACGCUCGGGAGUUCCUUAGUUAUUCGCAAAGAAUAUUUCACGUUCUCACAUCAUCUCACUCCUAAACUCUGAUCUGACUGAUAAAACAUCUCGCCUAGUUGUACACUUCCAGUUUAGUUUUGUCUGAUACUUUUUUAUGUAUUGUUCCUCCUUGGGUUCUGUUAUCACGCCUUCUAUCAGUGUAUGGUUUUGUUCAUGAGCUGUCAAUCAAUUAAGUACCGUACUUCAACUCGAAAAGAUCAAGUUCUCCUUUCUUUCUAUUCCAGUUGUUCCGGCUGGCUUAGUCCUACUUUUGUCAUUGUUCUCUCAUUCGAGCACAAACCCAGCCUCCGCCAUGUUUUCAUUUACAUAUGUAAGGUCAGGUGUGAAAGAAGAAUGGCGAGAGAAGUCAAAAAAGGAAGGCUGGUGAAGCGCGACCGGAUCGGCCGGGACCAUGUAGCCCGACCCGGGCGGCCGGGGGCUCAUUUUUCCUGGCUCUCGCCCUAUUUCCUUCCAUCUGUUUUUGUGUGUUUGUUUUGCAUUCAGUCAGGCAUGUAUGCACCCGCAGGCAAGCAAUUUGAAACGUUGUGGCGCACACAGCGAAAAAACGCAACAGACCCCUAGGGGCCAUCCAUAUCUGGAAAAACGGGGUGCGAGGACCGCCGGUUUCCCCUAUAUCAGAGAGCCCGUGUCCUUGUUUUGCUCAGUGUGCAGUGCAAACUAGAAAAAGGAAAAGAGAGAGAGAGAGAGCAGCUGUAACAAAAACAUGAGGAAUGGAAUGCGCCUAAUUUUCAUUUUGAAACAUCCAAUGAUGUACUCUUUAUCUCUUGUUUUUCAUUCGGACACAUUCCCUUGCAAUUUCCCAUUUGGGGAGGCAAAACCGACGGAUUAGCGAGCUAUUGAGCAGAGAGAUCACAAGGGAUUUCCUAUAGCGGAAGAGGGGCUCGUGCUCUCUGAUAUACUACGGUAGAUUUGGAAGCAUUGGCACCUGCCCUCUGGUUCUUUUCUAUUGUCCUUGUUGUUGCAUAGCCAUCAGCCGAAAACAGCCGACGUCUAGUAUGUUUUUUCUCUUUCUAUCUCUCAGGCGGGAAUAAAAAAUUUUCAUAGAAAGGAAAUGACCACAGAAUGUUUGAAAAUUGAAUUUGUUCCGCUCUACCAAUCGGCUGUUUGGCCGUUUGAGUCCCGGCUCCCGACAAAAAUGUUCUUCCUCUAGAUGAAACAUGCAAAGUGUUUUGGCUUCUGCUUCUCCGGAUUUUGAAAUAUGCAUGCUUUUCUGACAUCACAUCAAACCUCAGGCUCCUUGCUAAAACUUUAUCGUUUCUCUAAAAAAAACCUUGAUAAGAGGCGCAGGUUGAGCGGUAGAUCAUACGACAUCACUUUUGUAUGCUCUGUUUCUGCACAUUUUUCCGUGUGUACCAAGUCCCGCCCACCGGCGCAACUGUAAAGAGAGGUACUUGCUCAAAACAGAAUAACACAACUCCUCCAGUACCUCUUGCUCCCCUCUCUUGCUCUUCCUCUUCUCCCUAUCAGUCGUAUUUCCCUCUCUUCCGAUCUCUGCCUGACAACUCGUCCUCAUAAUGGUUUUGAAAGUUUCUGACAAUAUGUUUGACUAAUGUAUACUGUAUUCCAGAUGGAUUUGCUGGCGUCUACCAUCCAGAUGCCCUCAGUGUCGGACACAAUCAACACCGACAGUUCCUCAAUCUCGUCACAAGCGUCCCCCAUCCAAACAGCCCUGACAGCAGCUACGUCGGACAGCUUCGAGAGGCCCUCCUUAUCCUACAAAGAUCUCAUCAUAGAAGCAAUUGACAGGAGCCCCGACAAGCGACUGAAACUUAACGAGAUAUAUCAGGUACGAAGAUUUUUUCAAUAAUAUCUGGAAGAGAGGCCAGGUGAAAUUGGACCUGCACUUCUGCGCGAUUCUGCACUAGAUGCACUCAGAGUCCGCACAAACGUUCAAUGCGACUAUAGUCGGUGCCGCAAAGAAAGGGCGUUUGUACUUUCCGCGUGUAAGACUCGGCUCUGCUCGUGGUCCUCUUACAAGCGAAAAAUUACUUGCUCUCCGGCUUCACUCUCCAAAAUAUACGUUUGAAAAGACACUUGGUGCCAUCCAGGGAUCCUUCAAAACACAGUUCUGGCCAGACCCUUACUAAAACCGAAAAGCAAACAUCUUUCGAAACAAAUCACAAGUUAGUUGUGUGACUGGCGCUCUAGGUCAAAUAUUAUGUUGCCACGAAAGUUUUCUCUUUAUCGUUCCGAACCUCAUGAUUCCCAGGCUGUUUUUCUGUUUCCCUCCGCGACUGUUUGCUGACUACAGUAUGACAAAGCAGCAAAAAGUCGAAACGAAACGAGUGGAGUUCACAGUUCAGCAACCUUAUGUUUACUUUCCGUUUAUUGAAUUUCAAACAGACAUCCGCUCCGAUUGUGCUUUGCCAAAAUAUUAUUCGAGUCAUUUCGAAUGAGUCACACAGUCUAGGAACCGUUUACUUUUCCAGGUUAUCCGAUUGCUGCACCCAUACUACAGACACCGGCCCGACCAGUGGGGAUGGCAGAACUCGAUCAGACACAAUCUGAGUCUGCACGACUGUUUCGUCAAACUGCCACUCAAACAGACAUCUGCCAGCGGAGUUGUCGGUACGUUUUACUGUUUUCAUACACUUUUUAUCAAAACACACAGACAUACAUAGAAAUGCGGCGGGUACUAUUAAAAGAGGCACUAUCACGUUUCUCCUCGACACUUUUUUCUUUCAUGUGAUUGUUUGAAUAUGGGCUGAUAUCAGUAGAAAAAUGGGGAAUUACACGGUGUUUGUAGUGAAAAGAGCUAAACGCGGCGGCGAAAAAUGACAGAUAGCGGGGGAGUUGUAAUGCCAACGCGUCACCGAUUCAAACUCUUCAAAUACUACGCGGUGAUAGAUCGGUUUCUAGUUUGCUUUUUCGGAAAGAAAAACAACAUUGGGAAAUGACACUGGUGAAAUAUUUAUCAGCUACAUGUUUUCCGAGGUAAAAUAUUUAUAGCUCACACUUUCAGAACGGGAUCAAUAUCUGCAAUUCUAGGACGAGACAUAAAACACAAUAGGUUCAAUUUGUCCCAUCCACUAGCGAACUUUGACCUUUCGGGAAAAGCCUCAAGACAAAAACAUGUUUUCAAUUUACGAAGGCAUGCAUAGAGCUGUCCUUUCUGCCUUGCUCUCUCGUAAAACGGAUAUGAGGGUGCAUAUGCAUUUGUGUGAUACUAGUGACCUUCCUUUCUAGGACCGACCAAAACUCAUUCAUGAAUUCUGUCGUUCUUGUCAGUAGCAGGAAGUUGUGAAAGAAGAAAAACCGGGGUGCGGCUGUGUUUCUGCGUGUUGCAGGAAAUUCAUCCUCCUCCCCCCUUCUCUUUCUUUUUCGGGCGGUCUGAUGUUAUGUUUGUUUACCAGUUUCGAGUGGCGCCCCGAUCUUGAAUUCCAAAGUUUCUUGGUGGCAACAAACAACCAGCAAAAAAAAAAGAACAAGGGUGCGACACUCACAGAAGCAGAGAGUAAGGGUCCGAGAAGUGAGAGAGAGAGUGUCUCACCGGGGGGCCAUCUUUUGCGUCGGCUGUCCAGCGGCUCAAUCCAUAAUUCUUGUGAAACCGGAGCACAAUAACAUAAACAACUCUUUUUUCUUUCUUCCCAUCACUAUUUUUCUAGUUUGGUGCGCUCAAGUGUUUACUGGAUGGGAAGAGAAAAAAACGCGGAAAGGGGGUCGAAAGUCAUAGUCGGAGAAAACAGAGAGCUUGGAAAUGGAUACAUUCUUAUCUAUCUCAGGUUUUGCAGGUCACUUCUGGACCGUGGUACCUGAGCUCAGCGAUAAGCAGACACUCAGAAGGCGGACUCGUCAACAACAGCCUAGAGCAAUGGCCAAGAAGAGCGAUGCGGGAAGAACAUUUUCGCGAGACGAACGAGCCAGUUCAGGAAGCGGCGACACGUCGCCGAGCCCGUCGCAGCCGUCCAUCAGCCCCCCGAGCGAGAACCCGAAGCCAUCGGUUCCGGUUCUGAAUGCUCUGGAGAUCCUCAAUGACUACAAGGGAGCGCUCUUCCAGAACAGCUACAGAUCCAGUAAGAAUUUGUCCAUAUUGGAGUGGUUCAAACUUAAAAACUAUUUUUCAGACGUGAUGGGAGACAACGCUGCUCUGACAGGACUUCAGCUUCUGCUGACCAACACCCUUCUCCAGAUUAACCCACAGCUUCAAGCUCUUCUCACUCUGCCAAACAUGAACAACCUGAGCAACAAUCAGCUGCAGAUCACCAGUCCGACCCUUUCGCCGAUCAAGGCCGAGAGCCAGGGUUUUCUUCUUCAAUAG